CUUCUUUGCCGUAAGAAUGACCGGAAAAUGAUCAGAGAGGGCACGAGUGCAGCAUUUUGAGACCACAAGGACUUUAAAAAUAAGUUUUGAAAAUGUGGUACCAAGCUCACCUUUAUAUGCAACCAUUCACGAUAUGACACAUAAUUCAUCUUGUUAUGUGUAUUUAUUCCGAUUAGGCUCAGGUCACCCGUAAAAAUCGGUCCGUAGUUGUGCACUACAAGGGUACCAAAAGGAGCAACACCCCAACCCAACCUCGCCACACUCCACUCACAAAGAAACGGAGAAGAACUGAGAUGAACUCACAGAGGAAGAGAAAUAUCACACAAAGAACUCACAAAGAGAAGGAAUAUUUUUCACGGUGAAGAAACACAAAGGGGAAGCCUCAAUUUAUAGUAGAGAUUUAGGAGCUAAUUAAGGUAAGCUUAAUUAGGUUAGGAAUAAAGGUUGGGCUUGAGUAAAUGGGCUGCUGGGUUGGGUGUCAAAUAUUAUUAAUAUGUUUGGGCCAACCCAAAUAAAUUAACAAUCUCCACCUUUGGCCCAAAGUAGUGCACAUAGUUUGACAAGGAACCGCGGGACUCAUCAUAGCCUUAUAACCACUAAAUGUGUAAUCAACAAAUGAGAACACACGUAGUGGUGGAGAGUUCACUAAGUACUCUCAAGUCACAAAGACUGGGCAACAUCAUAAAGCAUGCCAAAAAUAACUCACGAAGAGUCGAACUCUACCAUUGGGUCAUCGAGUUCAAAAACAAAAAAAAAAGCAAAAAAGGUCACAAAGACAAGAAAGAACAAAAGAUCAAUGCACAAUCACAGAGAUAGGUUUAAAAUCUUUUGACAUAAGCAAGUUGAUAGUCAUGCAAAUAAUUUUCAACAUGUGAUUCUACAUUAUCAUGCUCCACCUCAUUAGAAAUAGUCUCAUCUUCAUUAGUGUGUGAAUCAUGGUUCAUAUCAACAUGUUCAUUAGUUUCUACAUGCACAUCAGUAGGAAUGAUAACAGGCAAUUGCUCCACCUCAUUUGGGGCCACAUUUUCAACAUUGGGAAUAG